AUGCGCACUGUGUCUCCAGUGCGCACUUACAGCCUGGUGCGCUCUGUGCUAGCUCCCCGCAUCAGAAAGUCUGUGCUAGAGUGGGCAUUCAGCCAGGACGAAGUGUGUCGGCUCAGCGCUCCUGGAGAGCUGGAGAUUCUCUAUGACGGUACAGAGCGGCGGACACGUUUUCGCCAGGCACUCCCUGUGGGCACCACAUGGGGUCCUUUCGAGGGGAAGAUCGAAAUGACCACAGCAGGAAGUGACAUGCCUGUCCCCGUGGUUCUGACUGGCGGUCCCAGGUGGCUUCAGGAUGUGACCUGGCUGGCAGCAGAAGAUGGCAAGAGCAAUUGUGUUGUGUACAGCAUAGGUGGACAACUUUGGUGCACUACAACCAAACCCAUCAUGGAAGGAGAGGAGUUAGCUGUGUUUGCUGUGGACUUCUACUCCCGUCUCCAGGCAGUCAACCAGGCAGCUCUCUCUGAGAGGAUAAACCCAGCCAGAUUACUGGACUCCAUCCGACUAUUGCCCCAACAGGCCUACAUGGCCUCCAUACUUCCCAACGCUAUGGUUAACAGUAAGAAGAAAGACGAGGUCAGUACAGGCGGCACAAUGAAAUGCACAGAGUUUGACCACACAGCGGACUCUCUCCCCAGCCUCCAGAAGCACAUUCUCUCCCACUUGUCUCAGACAGGCUACCGGUGCUCCCACUGCCACUUCAGCUUCACCUCCCCUAGGGAACUGGACAAGCACCACGAGAUCCACAGACACAGUUUCUCUUACAGUGUCAAAUUGGAGCCCUCUAGCCCUCGCCAGGCAUCCUCGUCCAUCCAGAACAACAUGGUCCCCGCUGCUUUCCCCAUGGGGCUGUUCUUAUCCCAUUUCCCCUACUCACAGGACUUACGAGCUGCCCCCCAGGCCUCGGAGAUCCUGGCUAAGAUGUCUGAGUUGGUCCACCAUAGACUGAGGCAUGUAGGUACUAACCACUACCCCGCUCAUGUCAUGUACAGCACCCUUGUCCCCAAAGGGGCCAUGUGUUUCGAAUGCAACAUCACUUUCGGGAACUUGGACAACUACUUAAUUCAUAAAAAGCACUACUGUAAUAGUGGUUGGCAACAUGUGGCUAAGCCACAUGAUUACACCAGUGUCCUGGACAAAGUGACUGACACAGGGAGCCCUAAAAGUGGGGGAUUGGGUGGGUUGGGCAGCCUGAACAUGAGUCAGGGUCAUCUAUCUGACCCCAACAGUCAUCUCACUUCCCCGUGCCUGAACCUGUCAGGACUAGACCUGUUCACCAUUGGGGAGGGGAAGGCACAGGUACAGGCUGAGCUCCCAGGUACUGUGAAGAACCCUUCCAUCCCCACCAGAACAGAUGACAACCCCUCCAUACAGGCAGACGUGACAAGUCCCAAAGCAUCUCAAACGCCUAAGACAGAAAUCUUAGACCCUAACAAGACAACGUGCGAGCCCUGUAAGAUCACCUUCAGUCGUACAGAGACCUAUAUGGUUCACAAGCAGUAUUACUGCGCCACGCGACAUGACCCACUCAUGAAACGAGCGCAAAGCAACAAACUGCCUGCCACCCAGAGAACGGUGCGUUCACGGAAACGGAAGAAGAACUUCAAAAUGAACAUUCCCAACCACGAACAACAGAGGUCUUCCAUGAAUCACCAUCCACAUUACUUUGGGAUAGCAUCCACUGGAGGACCAGGCAUGUGCCAAGACCCAAGGGAGAUAUUCGGUAAACAGUUUCACCCCAGAUACAACAUGUUCCUUGGCAUGGUUCCUAAGCAUCCAGAGGCUAAUCUCCCUUUCACUAAAUCAGCUCUGAUAUCUAAGUGCAACGCCAUAGCACAAGAUGAACUGGAUAACGCUAUUGAUCUCAGUAAAACGUGUUCAUCAUCAAGCCCUGGUAAAUUAUAUACCACCCAUAAAAGACUCAUGGACUAUCACGAGUGCACAGUGUGCAAGAUCAGCUUCAACAAAGUGGAAGACUACCUUGCACACAAACGGAGCUCUUGCCCAGUCACUGCUCCAGAUCGCAAAACAUCUGCGGUCGUAAAAAGAGGAGGGUUUAACAACCCAGUAGAUGACAAUGAUACAAACUUGGGUAAAAGUGUUACCAAUGGAGCCAACGAGGUGUUCUUGCAAAUAGGUAGCACUAACGGGGAUCAGCUUGCUGUCAUCAAAGAGGAAAGCACGGAUGAGUUUCUGUCCCAAGAAUUUAGCCCUCUUUUAUUUAAAAAAAUGAGACUUGACGAACAUAUUUCAACCUUUUAUAGAAUCAAGCCUGCCGACUACACCACAGGUACAGUGGUGAUGCAGAGAGAGGUCAGCGAGCUGAGACAAAGCCCCAAUGAAGGGAGUGAGGUGAAAAAAGAUCAGCCUAUGCCUGAUGGCUACCAGGAAACACAAGGUGUUUUGCCUCAAAAUGGCCCCCAGGAGCCUGAGGACAUGGUCAUAGACACAGAGAACACACUCCAAGAACACAAGCUUGUGAACUCCCAUCUCCCAGACAGCCACGUAUCAUCCUUGUCAGAUUCAGAGAGUCCUGUCAGUGUCAACUCCAAGAAGAGCACUUCCUCAUCCUUAUCCUCCCCAGCAAAAUCUAAGACAGAGGAUGUACUACCUUCCUGUGUGAAAAGAGGCCUUAACGGCUCCAUCCAGGCAACAAAGUGUAGUGUCAAAUACUGCCGCCCCUGCGACAUCCAGUUCAACAACCUGUCCAACUUCAUAACACACAAGAAGUUCUACUGCUCGUCACACACCGCCGAGCACGUCAAAUGA